AUGUUCCGCAAGAAGAAGAAGAAACGCCCGGAGAUCUCGGCUCCGCAGAACUUCGAGCACCGUGUCCACACUUCAUUUGACCCAAAGGAGGGCAAAUUUGUGGGCCUGCCGCCGCAAUGGCAGAACAUUUUAGACACGCUGAGGCGCCCCAAGCCGGUGGUAGACCCUUCGAGGAUCACGAGGAUGCAACUCCAGCCUAUGAAGACGGUGGUGAGGGGCAGCACGGUGGAAGUGGAAGGCUACAUCUCCGGCAUCCUCAACGACAUCCAGAAGCUUUCUGCCAUCAGCUCCAACACCCUGCGGGGAAGGAGCCCCACAAGCAGGAGGAGAGCUCAGUCCCUCGGGCUCCUGGGAGAAGACAGACCCCCGGACAUGUAUCUCCAGAGUCCUGAAGCAGACUGGGCAGACAGAUAUGGAAACUACCUCAACUGCAACGGUGGUGCCAAGGUGACGCGGAGGCAGACGAUGUGGCCGGAUUACAAACCCCGCCUGGAAGGACAGUCUCACCCCAACGGCAUGGUCACCAAAGCUCAGUCCCUCGGGCCCUCCGAGUUCCAGGGCGCUGAUGGCAGCUGCCUCCAGCGUUCCUCGGCGCUGCCAGCUCUACCAGGGGACGGCGAGAAGACGGGCAGAAAGAGCUCGGAGGAGUGCUGGCCUCAGCCUUGCCUCGUCCGAGCAGCCAACUCCAGGCCCACGGGGGAGGGCAGCCCCAGCUCCAAAUCGAGGGAGAACAGCCUGAAGAGGAGGCUGCUGCGCAGCGUGUUCCCCGCGUCCAGCGCCUCCAACAAGUCCGGCCCUUCCCUGCAGAUAAAGCCCAACGCUUUCUUCAGGCCCCAGCAGUGGGGUUCCCCGCGCAGCCCUGCGGCCAAAGCCCAGUCUCUUCCACCAGACCAGCCUGCAUCCGAUUUCCCCAGGACGAUCUCGGACGCUGGGACCCCCCAGAAGUCUCCAACAACGGAGAAGGCGGUGGCUGUGCCGCAAGGGAGACCGUCACCGGCGGGGUCCCCCCGGAACCGUCAGACUCAGACCAGUUCGAGCAACCUUCACCUUCCCCAGGACUCCUCUGCGAAAGGGCAGGUGGCCGGCGAGGACCCGGUGGUUGUGACUCACGAGCAGUUCAAAGCUGCCCUGAGGAUGGUCGUGGACCAGGGGGAUCCCCGGACGUUGCUGGAGAAUUACGUGAAGAUCGGCGAAGGGUCCACGGGUAUCGUCUGUAUCGCUCGAGAGAAGCACUCGGGGCGGCAGGUGGCCGUGAAAAUGAUGGAUCUGAGAAAGCAGCAGCGCCGGGAGCUCCUUUUUAAUGAGGUGGUGAUAAUGAGGGACUAUCAACAUGUCAACGUAGUGGAGAUGUACAAGAGCUAUCUGGUGGGUGAGGAGCUCUGGGUGCUGAUGGAGUACCUGCAGGGAGGAGCCCUCACAGACAUCGUGUCUCAGAUCAGGCUCAAUGAAGAGCAGAUCGCAACAGUGUGUGAAUCGGUGCUGCAGGCUCUGUCCUAUCUUCACUCCCAGGGGGUCAUUCACCGGGACAUUAAGAGCGACUCCAUUCUUUUGACGCUGGACGGGAGGGUCAAACUCUCGGAUUUUGGCUUCUGCGCUCAGAUCAGUAAAGACGUACCGAAAAGAAAGUCCCUCGUAGGCACUCCCUACUGGAUGGCUCCAGAAGUUAUCGCAAGGAUCCCGUACACCACUGAGGUGGACAUCUGGUCGAUGGGCAUCAUGGUGAUAGAGAUGGUGGAUGGAGAACCCCCCUAUUUUAGUGAUUCUCCCGUCCAGGCGAUGAAGAGACUCCGUGACAGCCCUCCUCCCAAACUGAAAAACUUCCACCGGACCUCCCCGGUUCUGAGAGACUUCUUGGAAAGGAUGCUGACACGGGACCCGCUGGAAAGAGCAACGGCCCAAGAACUUCUGGAUCAUCCCUUUUUGCUCCAGACGGGACUUCCAGAGUGCCUGGUCCCCCUUAUCCAACAAUACCGGAAGCGUACCUCUACCUGUUGA